AUGCCUCCCGGAUUGAUCCUUGCGACGUUAUUCCACGACAAGCAUGGCGAUACUUUUGCUCACGCUACACCAAGAGAGGUUGAAAUUCACACUCGCGAUCCCGACGUGGCUAUUCAGGUGCAAGUCUUGGUACUCUUCGCUAAUGAUCUUCCAGAAAUCUUAGAUGUACUAGGCGCCAGUCUGGUGUCGUCGGAUGGCGAUGACUGGACCCGUCACCGGAAGGCCACAGUCGCCACUCUUAGUGACAGAACCAACCGUCUUGUCUGGGCAGAAAGCAUCAGACAGACCCAGCAGAUGAUCCAUCAUUAUCAACGCACCUCACAAGGCCUGAGUCCGAGAUUCGCGGAAAUCUCUUCACCUACUCACUUGGAGGGCACGAGUCUUAACGUGACACUUUCAGGGCCGACCAAAGAGGUUCGGGUCCUGUUGGAGAGAUUGGAGAAGGAAGAGAUAUUUGUCAAAAGACUUCCUGUUGACGUUGGUUAUCACUCUCCGGCUAUGGAAGUUGUCGCGGCCGAAUAUCAAGAUCGAAUCUGCGAUAUUGGUGCACCUACUGGCUUAGCCGCCGAAAGGUUACGCAAGGCGUCCCCAGUUUCUCUCUACUCAUCAACCGAGGGAGGCCUCAUAACCUUCGAAGCUGUUACAAACCCUGCGUACUGGGUGAAGAACCUUAUUUCUCCCGUCCUCUUCUCGAGUGCUCUUGAGGCCAUGACUGCGUCGAAACACGGAGGGCAACACUUCCUCGUAGAGAUCGGUCCGCAGUCGGCUCUUCGGCGACCUGUGCAAGACACCUUGACACCUCAUCUCGGCAACAAGGCUACUAAGAAGUGGCAGUAUAUCAGCAUAUUGAAGCCCAACGUCGAUGAUGAUCAAUCGUUGAUGGAGACACUCGGUAGCCUCUGGGCAUCAGGCAUCCCAAUCUCUUUGUCCAAGCCAAACCAAGAAUCGGCUCAGAUUCUAUACCACGCCCUGAACGGCUCACUGCUCUACCCGGGCUCCGGCAUGCUUGUCAUGGCCAUUGAAGCAGCUCGUCAGCUUGCCGCACCAGUUGAGACACGCAUCCGCGGCUACCAGCUAGACAACGUUCGCUUUCUACGAGCCAUCGAUGUCGACGACUCAGAGCGCGGCACAGAAGCAAAGAUUGCGAUGAGGCGCCGUCGACAAGCUACGAAUACUAGCGGACAACAGCUAUGUUACGACUGGCGGGUAUUUGGAACCAAUGGCGACGACUGGAACGAGUGCGCUUAUGGCAGCAUCAAAGUCGAACUCGAACCGGAGCAAGUCUUGGGACCGGAACAAGCCGUCUCUUCUGAAGCCCGUCGAGCCCGUUUUGAGAUGUCUAUCAAAGAGCAACUUCAGGCAGACAUUUACAAGUGCCGUCUGAUUAUACACCCCACUCAACUGUACAAGAACAUGUCCAAGCGAUCAGACUUCGACUAUGGACCGUACUUCCAAUUGCUGAGAAACAUUUCCUACGACAGAGAAGGCCAUGCUACAGCCACGCUGGCAGCGAGAGAUUGUACUUCAACCAUGCCGUAUGCUUUGGAAGAUCCGUGCGUGGUUCAUCCAAGCACUCUGGACGCAGUUUGUCACCUUCAGAUGGUCGCCCUGUCCCAAGGCGGUUGGAAUGCCGUCCCGACGAUGAUGUUCUCUCAUCUGCGAAAGCUGUGGGUAUCCCAGAAACCUUUCGAGGCGCCUGGAACUCCUCAGCUGCGAGCUGCAACUCAAGAGACUAUGCGAGCUUUCCGAGAAGCUGAGUGUAGGACGCUGGUCACGUUCGCUGAUUCCAACGAACCCGUUCUCGUCCUUGACGGCCAGCGUGGCACCGCCAUCACAAGUCUCAAGUCAGCCGACGCUGCUAAUUCUCAUGGCGAAUCGGGUCAAAAGUUCUAUGAUGUAGAGGCCAAAUGUCGAUACUUUGCGUCUGCCUUCAAAGAGGAUCCUCGAUGCCGCGCCCCUCCGAAAGAGCUCAUCGACCGUGCCAACGCCGUUGCUCUGCACUUCAUCGAGACGGCUCUGAAGCAAAUUGACAAAGAAGACGAGCCGCUUCAUUUCGAUAAUCACUUGACUCGAUAUGUCAAGUGGAUGCGACGUGUGCACCAAAAUCGGGAUACUUGGACACUGGACUCUCGGGGCUUAAGUCACUUGAGUAUCCAGGAGAUCUUGGAUGAAGCCGACGGCGAACCUACCCAGAGACUCACCAAGAAGGUUGGUGAACACUUGCACAGCAUCCUCAAGGGAGAAGCAAAUGCGCUGCAGGUAAUCUUCGAGGGCAAUCUUGCCAACGAGUUUUACCACUCCGACAUCUUUGCUACGAAUAACAGCAAGAUGGGAGCGUACAUCAAUGUCCUAGCCCAUGCGAAUCCAAAACUCCGCGUGUUGGAAGUCGGGGCUGGAACUGGGAGCUCAACCGGUCGAAUUCUCCCUUACCUGGCUGCACAGGGGGUUGAAGGUGGUCCCCCUGAGGCUGUGCGCUUCGGCGAGUACUGCUACACGGAUAUUUCUGCUGGCUUCUUUGAAAAGGCGCGCGAGCGUUUCUCUUACGCGGCAAGCCAUAUGACGUUCAAGAAGCUAGACCUUGAGAAGCACCCUGAUACCCGGGGGUUUGCUGAAGGAACUUACGAUGUCGUGGUUGCAGGUAACGUGUUGCAUGCCACAAGCGACUUGAUCCAGACACUUAGAUACGUCAGAGGCCUCCUACGACCUGGCGGUGUGCUCGUUCUGGGAGAGACGGUCAAUUUGGACAAUGUCCGUGAUGGCCUCAUCUUUGGCCUAUUGCCUGGCUGGUGGCUGCGGGAGGGGCAGUGGUGGUCCACAGAUAAGGAGUAUCAAGACCAGGGCCCUCUCCUGACGGAAGAGCAAUGGACCACGGUUCUCCAGGAAGCUGGUUCCCCAGGUAUUCAGAUGGCUUUCCGCGACCACGAGCAGAAGCCACAUCACCGAGUCUCCAUCAUCAUCACUACUCGCCCGGAGAAUGAGAGUCUCUCAAGUCAGCCGGCCGGAGUCGAGUCGCCCUACAAGAUUAUCGUGAACCCUACUUCUGCGACCCAGACCUCUACAGCUGAAUCUCUUCGGAGCCAUCUCAGCCAAGGGGCCCAACCUGUGGGGGUGGAAAUCUGCAGCAUGGCGAGCACAGCGCCAGGAGACACCAAACUCACCAGAGAUGACGUAGUCAUCAGCUUGUUAGAGCUAGAUGAUUCCGUGUUGUCAUCUGUCACCGCAAACGAGUUUGAGGCGACCAAGAAGAUUUGCCUCGAUACUCGAUUCACGCUGUGGUUGACGUACGGAGGAGCUCCCAAAGGCCACCAAUCCAGCGGCAGAGUUAAAAGCAUCAUGCGUGUAGUCGAAAGACUACGUAACGCUUCUUGUCCGGGCACCGACAACGAGUCUGAGUUCUCCGAACACAAUGGCUUAAUCAGCAUCCCUCGCCUCAUGCCGACUCCUCAUAUGGAUCAAGUCCUCUCCGCGAAGCAAAGUGGUGGUAGGCUCAAGUCGUUCACAUUCAACGGAGAUAGUCCGAAGCCACACAUCAGCAUCACCAUUGAAACCCCUGGACUCCUUGACACCAUCUUCUACGCCGAGGACGCCGAGGUUGGCAAGGACCUCCAGCCAGGCGAUGUCGAGAUCGAAGUCAAGGCGACUAGCAUGAACUUCAAGGAUGUCAUGAUCGCUCUCGGGCAGAUUCCCGGGCGAAGCUUCGGAUUCGAUGGUGCCGGCAUCGUUUCCAGAGUCUCGCCGGGAAGUCAACUUCAGCCAGGCGACUCUGUGCUGUUCUGCAGCUCGACUGGAGGAGGCUUCGGAAUAUAUGUGCGCUGCCCCGGGCUGCAAACAGAGAAGCUUCCUGCAGGCAUGUCUUUCCCAGUGGCUGCAGCGAUCCCGGCCGUGUGGUCCACGGUGGUGUACUCUCUCAAUCAUAUCGCACUUCUCAGCCAGGGCGAGACCGUCCUUAUCCAUGCAGCUGCUGGAGGUGUCGGACAGGCAGCCGUACAACUCGCUCAGCUUCGAGGUGCCAAGAUCUUUGCAACCCUGUUUGAACUUUCGGACAACCAAAUCUUCAACAGCCGUGACGAUACCUUUGCCCAAGAUGUGCUUCAUGCAACUGGGGGUCGAGGCGUGGACGUUGUGCUCAACUCUUUAGGCGGCGAGCUCCUUCGCCAGUCUUGGGAAUGCAUUGCACCCUUUGGCCGCUUCAUCGACAUUGGCAAAGCGGAUAUCAUCGCCAAUGAUACGCUUCCAAUGGGCCCAUUCAACCGUAAUGUGACGUUUUCUGCCGUCGAUCUGGUCGUUGUUCAUGAAGAGGCGAAGCCACUCAUGAAAAAGAUCCUGCAAGAUGUUACACGGCUGUUCGAGGAGAACCCCCACUUACACGAACCCAAGCCGCUUCACAUCUUCUCGCCCUCGAAGCUUGAGGACGCAAUGCGUUUCUUGCAGGGCGGCAAGAAUACCGGCAAGGUCAUCAUUGACUACGCUUCCGCGACCGACACGGUGGAGUAUCGACCUUCACAGCGUCAACACGGAUACAACUUCGAAGCGAAUGCCACGUACGUUAUCAGCGGCGGCUUGGGUGGUCUUGGUCGCGAGAUCGCUCGGUGGAUGGUCUCGCGCGGGGCCCGGAACCUGCUCCUCCUCUACUCACGCGGUGCUGCAGGGCGGCCAGAUGCUCUCAAGCUUAUUCAAGAGCUCGAAUGCACGGCUGGGGUCACAGUGCUCGCCCCGGCCUGUGACAUCGUCGACCGGAAAGCAGUCGAGGAGACGUUCCGCAAGGCAUCACGAGAGCUCCCACCGAUCAAGGGCUGCAUACAAGCCGCCAUGGUUCUCCGCGACGAUAUGCUUGCCAAGAUGUCUCACUCGAUGUUCCAUGAGACUCUUGGUCCGAAGCGCGCUAGAUCAUGGAAUUUGCAUCAGCUCCUGCCCAACGACAUGGAUUUCUUUGUCCUGCUCUCAUCAUUCUGUGGCAUCAUGGGCAAUCGCGGACAGAGCAAUUACGCAGCAGGAAAUGCAUUUGAAGAUGCUCUCGCACGGCAUCGUGUGGCGCAAGGCCUCAAGGGCGUCUCAGUCGACUUGGUGCUCGUCGCUGAGGCCGGUUGGGCCAACGUUAAUUACGAGUCCGUGACGCAGAGCCUCCGCGCCGGGCAUGACAAUCUCACGCAAGCACAGCUCAUGGAGCUACUUGAUCUGCUCUGUGACCCCGGCUACGACUGCACAAAACCUGGGGCAGCCCAGGUCGUCAACAUGGUGGAUAGCGCGGCAGACCUGGCGCGCAUGACACAACAGAGGCUCUUGGAUUGGAUGCAGAAGCCCAUGUUCAGCAAUCUUCUCCGUAUGGGUGAGACAGAAGAUAUAGGCAAUGGUCGUGGGGCUGGUGGAGGCAAUGGCGAUGGAAGCGACGACGUCAAUCGCCUAGCUCUGGUGAAGGCAGCGCCUGACCUGCCGACUGCCAGCGAGAUCGUGACCCAGGGUCUUGUUAAGAAGCCGGCCAAGUCUCUGUCUGUGCCGAUUGAAACGCUUGAUGUUAGGAAACCAGCUUACGUUGUUGGCGUUGAUUCUUUGAUUGCGGUUGAGGUGCGAUAUUGGUUCAUGAAGCAGCUUCGUGUCGAGGUGCCCGUGUUUGAGAUUCUCAAGAACCAGAGUAUCACGGAUUUGUGUCAGCAGGUGGCUUCCAAGGUUUUGCAAAGCAGCGCGAAGUAG